GUUUUCAAGAUGGCUGACAAACCUCUUUGAAAGAGCUAUAUUUUGGCUCAGCUUUGUUUUGAAAUGGUAGAAUCAUCCAUCGACAAUCCUAAGUCCCCAGCAGCUCUUCUACACAAGCUAUGCUGUCGGCUUCUAAGAAACGACAGUGAUUCAAAAGCCAAUUCAGCUGAGGUUUCCGAGCACUUUCAAUACGCUCUUAGAGUUGUAGGAAGCCGUUUUUCCCCAAGCAUAGCCACUGAUGAGUUUCGUGUUGUGGAAAGGAUAAAAAGAAAAUUGCUUAAAGAGAAAAGAGAAGUAGAUAUUGCUAUUUUCUCAGAGUUAUACCGCAAACUUGCUUCUCAGCCUGUUCUUCAAAACAGAUGGGCCAUCCUUUACUUUUUACUGAGUGUCAGUGAAAAUUCCUCAACCGAUCAGUCACACGGCCAGUCAGUAGGAGCACCAUCCUUCUUUGGUCAAGGGCUUCCAACCUACCUGACUUCCACCCCUGCUGUGUCUUCACAUGCACCACUUGCUGCUUCCAGACGUACCCCUGGUGUUUUGUCCUUGACUCAUGCCACUGACAGCAGCAGCGGCAUCAGUAGUGUUCCAUCAAGGUCGUCUGAUCCUACCCCUACACCAUCAUCAUUUGCUCCUAACCUUGGACCAACUCCCUCAGUGCAUUUUGCAGAUGGCCAAAGAACACAUCAGGAUAGUGAUGGUUCUCGCUUGGCAAGCCUUGUGGUACAGUCCCUCAGUGUGACACAGAAUAAGGUGUCCAUCACUGGACAGCCAGGUUUUACACCUGGAACUGGUAGUGUAGUGCGAUUCAUGAGUUAUGGAAAUGAUACCCACAAUAGUAAGUUCUAUUCUUUUUCAGUAUUGAAUCAAUGUCAAUACAACAAAUGUACGCUGUGGUGUUUACCAUUGAUUAAUUUUUUUUGUUCCCAGGUUGCACGUCCAAUCCGUCUUAUUCUUGACAGGUGGAUUUAUGAGGGUGAACUAGAUGACUUGUAUAAUGAAUUCUUUGUUGCUGUGGACUACGACACUAAAGAUGAUCGUUUGUGGUAUGAAAAGUACAGUAUUAGAAAGCCAAUGUUGCCCUCAUUCAUUUCAAUGGAACUUGGCACAAAGAUUUUAAACAUUGGAAAGUCUAUCAACUUCAUCCGAUGUGUUUGUCAAGAUCGGAGCCCAAUUAGUGGAGAAGAUGAAAAAGCGCUAGAGUACAGCAGGUCACAAGAAGCAUCAGCUACAGCCCAGCUAACAGCUGAUGAAGAGUUUGGAGGAACAGCCCUUGAAGAAACAGUAGAUACAGCUUACAGGGUAACAAGCAAAAGACUGUUGGAGAUUUUCUUUUCCAAGUACAAGUUCCUCGAUCAUUUAAGGGCCCUUCGACUUUAUCUUCUUCUGGGACAAGGAGACUUUAUCAGGCAUCUUAUGGAUCUUCUUGAGUCUGACUUAGCCAAGGCAGCCAGCACACUGUACAUGCACAAUUUGACAGGCGUGCUGGAGACAGCCAUCAGAGCUACCAAUGCGCAGUAUGCAGACCCUGAGAUCAUUGAACGACUAGACUGUCGACUGCUUGAGGUUUUCACACCAGAAUGUAUGAUCCACUAUCUGAGGAUCUUGAAUUUUCUGUGGAGAGCAAAGAGAAUGGAAUACUGUUUGACUGAAAUGUGGAAACAACAGAUGACAAAUCGCAGGAUGUUAAAAUCUUUACCAGAAGUAUCCCCCAUUCUUCACAUGUGCCACAUGAUGGGGACAGAGAUGAUUCAUUUUAUUCAUCAGAUGCAGUACUACAUCACAUUUGAGGUAUUGGAAUGUUGCUGGGCAGACCUGAAGAAACAGGUUGCAGAAGCCAGUGAUUUGGAUCAUAUUAUUGCCGCACAUGAAACAUUCCUGGACCAGGUUCUCAACCGCUGCCUUUUGGACACCGAGUCAAGACCGAUGCUGACCCAACUGCGGACCAUCUUUGAUCUAAUCAUCCAGUUUCAGAAUGCACAAGAAUCUUUCUUUUCUGCUGCAACCACUGAACUACAGUCUCGGCAGAGAUUAGAAAAAGCUGUUGAACUUCGAACGGACGAGGGUGACUGGGGUUUGACGGAGUGGGACGAAGAAGAGGAGAGGAAGCGGUCUGUGAAGUUUAUAGAUAAUGUUAUUCCAGAUACUCGAGCUCAACUAAAAGUGGUGUCCAAGUCCUACCAGGAUAUGGUUCAACAGUUUCUUAUGAUGCUGACCAGUCAUCAAGAUGUCAGCUUGAGGUUCCUCAGCUUCAGACUGGACUUCAACGAACAUUACAAGAAAAGGGAACCCAAAUUACGAAGUCCUCUUACGCACAGAUAUAGUAAACGUGUUAAGACCCCGGUACCCUAGAACGUUCUCUGCCUCUAUUACGCUCUCAGAGCCUUCGUUACCUCUGUCCAGCGGAAAGGGAGCAGGGGACUCUGAUUUGCUGAUAAAUCAAACAAAAACAAGGAUGUGAAAAGAACGAGUUUCUGGGCAAACUAAAAAUAAUGUCUUUGACCCGAGUCUUGCGGUGACAAGGAAAACCAAGGGGAUUGUGUCAGGGAGCGAGAUUACCUUUACAUUAAAUUUUCCCGACCCUCAAGUUUUUUAGUGCAGUUUUGC